GGGAGCGUUGCUCGGGUCGAGUGAGAGAGAGGGAGUGGGAGAGAGCGACAGAGCGAGCGAGAGAGAGAGAGAGAGAGAGCGAGCCAGCGUUCGUUCGGGCCCCUCGCUGGCAGCAUUCCUUCCUCCCCCGUUCCCUUUCCCUGGCUGGCCUCGUAGUUCGUCCUCGGAGUCCCUCCCUCCCCCUCUCUCCCUCCUUCCCCCUCCUUCCCUUUUGACUGCCUUCGUCCGCUUCUGUCUGGCUAUGGUGGACUCAUCGACUGCUCACCCUCGAAACCCUUACUGACUUUUUCCCUGUACCGAUCUGCACCUACACAUCGUGCGGCAUUUCAAUCCUGUUACCGCUUUUAUUCUUCUUUCCACGGCUCGUCUCCAAUUUCCGAUUGAAAGUCGUACUCGCCUGAUCUGGCUCCUUCCACAGGUUGCAAUCGAACCCUCCUCUCGGUUUCCGUGCGUUUGUUGGUGGGAGGCAGGGAGGGACGAGAGGUCAGAGGAAGCGGAGUGGAUUGAGAGAGGGAGAAAGAGAAAGAGAAAGAGAAAGAGAGAAAGAGAAAGAGAGAGAGAGAGGAGAGGAGAGGCGAGGAGAGGAGUGUAGGAGGCUUCUGGUUAUAUACUUUGGCGCCACAAGGUGGACUUUCAUCGUUGGGCGUCUCAGAGAGGAGAGAUUCUUCGCUGUCUGUCGCUACGAUCCGAUUGGAGGUCCUAGAUUUGCCUCUCCUGCGUGCUGAUCUAGAGGCAGGAAGGCAAUUCUAUUGUACCGCAAUUGAGAGCUGGGAUUUUGUUUCUGUACGAACGCCCGUCCCCCAUCAACUGGAUUGGAGGAGAUGGUCGUGGGGGUUGUGGGGGGACAGGAUUAGUACAGGGCUCGCUUUUAGCAUAGUCGAUGCGUAUUCCACACCGUAAAUUUAGAAUUCUCAACCUGAGUUUCAUCUUAUAGGGAAAACAUACUACAUCUACUGCGCUCGCGGAAAAUUUUCUGGGAGUACAGAUCCUGAUCAGGUGAAUAGCCACCAUGACUUGCCGAGGGUUUUUACAGUGUACCUUGAAGCUGACGAACUUUCUACUGACACUUGUGGGGGCUGCCAUGGUUCUAUAUUCACUUUGGAUGCUGAAUCAAUGGCACAAACAUCCGCCCAGUCCGAGCCCCACUCCAUCUCCUUCUGAUGAUGACAUGAAUGCGAUCGAAGAUCUGGUUGCAACCGCGAGAUCUACUAUGGAGGCUUUGAACUUGCCCUCAGGGAAUGGCAUGUCAGAAGGUGAACCUUUGGAGGGUCUCACAUUUAUCAUGAACACUCCAGAGAAGCUUCAAAAUUCCAUAUUCCCCGACAACCUUCCUGCUCCAUGGUUUAUCUACGCCUUCCUGGGCUUGGGAAUUAUUACAUGCCUCAUCACUUGCACGGGACAUAUUGCCGCGGAGACAACCAGCGCCUGCUGUCUGUCAUGUUAUACACUGUUGAUUUUCAUGUUCCUUCUAGUGCAGGGGGCACUAACUGCUGCCAUCUUCUUCGACAAAAAUUGGCGCAAUGACAUUCCUAACGAUCCAACAGGACAACUGGCCAACAUUGUCGAUUUUGUGAAAGAUAACUAUGAAAUUUGCAAGUGGGUUGGCUUAGCUGUUGUCAUCAUCGAGGCGUUGUCUAUGCUCUUAUCUUUCACUCUGCGAGCAGUGUCUGACCCAAGGAAGUCUGGUUACGAAAGUGAUGACGAUUAUCCUCCAAGAUCGAACCGUGCACCGCUGCUCAAUCGCCAGACAACUAGUGCCGCAAGCGCCCCUCCUGCACCUGGUGGUGCACCUAUUGAGAGUCGCCCAGCACGCAGCGAUGAGUGGAGCAAAAGAAUGCGAGAAAAGUAUGGCCUCGACACUAACGAAUUUUCGUACAACCCAUCUGAAUCAAGACGAUUCGCUCAGCAGGGUGCCCAAGGGACAGAAGAAAAGAAGGGUGGCUGCUGCACCAUUAUGUAGUCUCUCCACGCACGAUUACGGAUAAUAUGAUGACAAGAAACCUAAUGAAAGGUCAAAGUGUGGUGGAUGAAGUUGAUGAAGUGUGCUGGAAGAGGUUGUCAAGGUGUGCAGGAAGAUGUCCGUGCAACACACGCGAAUGACAUCUGUUGGAAGGAUUAGUUUGCCUGUGUAUCUGAAAGAUGUGGUCUGGCGAAUGCUCAGUCUUUUGGUCACGUGCAGUGAUCUAACCAUGAAGCCGCUGCUCAGACCUCUGAUUAGGCAAACUUUUGGAGUUUUCUGUUUUGUUGUGGAUUAAACUUCUGAGAUGAUCAGGUGGUCAGCAAUGUACAGAAGGGGUCACUUGGGAGACUUUUUUUACUCUUCAGCUAACUGUAUAAGCCAGUUACUUGUGUUUUUGACUCCUUGGAAAGAGUUCAUGAAGCCUCGAGGGUGGACAAUCCUAGCCCUUACAACUCAUGCCUGGUCAGUCAUACUGAAGUAUAAUAAGAACCGAACGAACUUGAGGAGGGUUGGGGUAAUUAAUUGAGGUGUGUUAGUUAGGUAGUUGUCACAAUAUAUGGUUGUUUGUAGCAAAUUUAUCCAUCUAUCAUUUUUGUGCAGGGCUCUCUUGCCCCCUUGAAGGUACCCCCGGCCUUGUAAUUUGUCAGACCUUCCAUUUGUAAUGUCGCUUGAAAAUCCUUUUGUUGGAUACGACAGGAUGAAGAGCACUUGUUGGUUGAUUGGCAGUCUCCUUCAGACUCUGUAGUAAAGAUAGGCAGUAGUAGUCUUUCUCUUCUGAUAAGUGUAGGUACUUCUUUCUGUCAGACCGUCAGGGUCCCGAGGCACUCGCCGAGUACAUCCACUGUGAACCAAUUCCAUUCUGCGAGUGUCGUUGCGGAUCGAGAUCAGCUCCUCCCGAGCUUUUCUGGUAAAACUUGACCGAGUAGAUUGUGUCAAGGCCACGAGUGACAGCUUCAUGUGCAUUCUAGUGUACCCCUAGCUCAAAGCAUGCCGUCGUGCUCUCCGGGCCCUCUUAUUCAGGAAAGUCGAUUUUGUCGCGGACUAGCUGCACCGAGAAAGUGCUCCGGUUAGUUAUACGUCCUACCAUAGCUGCGGAGAUGGAGUAAGUGAACGAUUAUUCCAGUGCAAGUGUUUCUGAGGAAUUCGUUUCCUACUCGGAAGUUUAAGAACUAGUAAUACCACGUGUAUCAAUACAGGCAAGGUUUAUCCGAGUAUUAUUAAUGAGGAGUGCUGCGC